GGCAUGAGCGCAUUGUCGCAAGGGCCGCCGCACCGGCCGCGCGUGAACGCAGGCGCAUACGCGAUCGAUCAGUGAUCUACGAUACUCGAGUGUUUGGUACGCUUUGUGUAUUAAGUGCCGAGGAAAAUGAUGUGCAAAUAAAGAAAAAAAACUAUGUGAAACUGUGAAUAAGAUCUACCAAAAUGGGAAGCGGGAAAUUCGGUUUCAAUGUUAAAAAGGACAAGGUGAACGCGGAAGAGGCUAAUAAGACUGAGUUUAGUGUUAAGGAUAGCAUUCGAAAGAUACAGAAGAAAUUAAAGAAGACUGAAAAACAAAAACAGAAGACUGAACAUGUCAAGGAGAAGACUAUUUGGUGGAACCAAUGCGGUGGUUUGAGCGAGAUCGACCAGUACCUAUGGAUGGUUGGAGGAUCAGCCGGCGCGCUGGCGCUGACGGGCGUCGCGGCCGCGUCGGCCUUCUACCUCAGCACCCGGCCCAAGCCAGAGAAGCCCCUCGUCACGCUGCACGAGCAGAGCCUACUUGAACCGGGUCCAGAAAUGGUCAGAGUGUCAAAAUUCUACAAAGAAGCAAAAAAUGGUCGAUAUCUUCGUUACCUUCACGAAGAUACGCGUACUCUGUACGAAACUUUCCGCCGAGGAGUUAAAGAAUCAAAUAAUGGCAACUGUCUCGGUUGGAGGGAAAGUCCAAAUAAGCCUUACGUGUGGCAGAACUACAAUGAGACCCUGCUGCGAGCGAAGAACUUUGGAUCAGGACUAUUAUGUCAAGGUCUUACACCGGGGCAAAACACAUUUAUAGGUAUAUACUCACAGAAUUGUCCAGAAUGGAUCAUGACAGAACAAGGUGCCUAUUGUUAUUCAAUGGUCAUAGUGCCACUGUACGACACGUUAGGAGCCAACGCAUGUGCCUUUAUUGUUAAUCAGACUGACAUGUCGCUCGUCGUUUGCGAAGACGACAAGAAAGCGAACCUGCUCCUGGACCAGGCGCCGCGGUGCCUGCGGAAGCUGAUCACCAUCAAGGAGGUGUCGCCCUCCACGCACCAGCGCGCCAAGAGCCGCGGCGUGGAGAUCAUCAAGUUCAGCGACGUCGAGUUCCAGGGGGCGCAGAAGGAUCACCCCUGUGUCCCGCCGAAACCUGAGAGCCUCUGCACGAUUUGCUACACAUCCGGCACGACGGGCAUGCCCAAGGGCGUGAUGCUGACCCACGAGAACGUGGUAGCGUCCAUGUGCAGCGUCAUUAUGCAGCUCGGCGAGCACCGGCCCGCCAAGACCGAUGUCAUGAUCUCCUUCCUGCCCCUCGCGCAUAUGCUGGAGCGAUGCUGUGAGAAUGCUCUAUACAUGGUAGGGGGAGCUGUCGGCUUCUAUAGCGGCGACAUCAGGCGGCUCGCCGACGACCUGCAGUGCCUGAAGCCCACGAUGAUGCCCGCGGUGCCGCGGCUCCUGAACCGCCUGUACGACAAGGCCCAGUCGGAGAUCUCCAGCUCCAAGAUCAAGAAGAUGCUCUUCAACAUGGCUUUGUCUGCGAAGGAAUCAGAGUUGAAGAGGGGCAUCAUCCGCGGGGACUCCAUCUGGGACAAGCUGGUGUUCCGCAAGGUGCGCGAGGGCAUGGGCGGGCGGCUGCGCAUCAUGGUGGUGGGGUCGGCGCCGCUCGCCGGCAACGUGCUCACCUUCGCGCGCUGUGCCCUAGGCUGCCUGAUCGUGGAAGGCUACGGUCAGACGGAAUGCACCGCGCCGGUGACUCUAACCGUUCAGGGCGACCACGUGCCUGAACAUGUCGGGCCUCCCGUCGCUUGUAACAAAGUGAAGCUUGUGGACGUGCCCGAAAUGGAGUACUACGCGGCGCAGGGGCACGGCGAGGUGUGCGUGCAGGGCGCCAACGUGUUCAAGGGCUACUUCAAGGAGCCCGAGAAGACCGGCGAGGUCAUCGACCACGACGGCUGGCACCACACCGGCGACAUCGGCAAGUGGCUGCCGAAUGGCACCUUGAAAAUCAUUGACAGGAGAAAACACAUUUUCAAACUAUCACAAGGCGAAUACAUAGUUCCUGAGAAAAUAGAAAAUAUAUACAUAAGAAGUCAAUAUGUCGAACAAAUAUUUGUACAUGGAGAAUCAUUGAAGUCGUGCAUAGUGGCGAUCGUGGUGCCCGAUGUGGACGUGGUGAAGUGCUGGGCGCUGGAGCGCGGCAUCAAGGGCACGUUCUCGGCGCUGUGCGAGAACCCCACCGUCAAGAAGAUGAUCCUCGACGACAUGCUGCAGUGGGGCCGCAACGCCUCGCUCAAGACCUUCGAGCAGGUAAAGGACAUCUACCUGCACCCAGAUCCAUUUUCAGUGCAAAACGGCCUACUGACCCCCACAAUGAAGGCGAAGAGGCCAGAGAUCAGGAACUACUUCAAACCUCAGAUAGAGGACAUGUACAAACAGCUCGAAUAACACUAGCAUACACUAGAUAAUUAUGUUUAUCACAAACUAUUUGUGACGUUGCAGCUACAAUGGGCUGUUUUAAUAAAAUAGAAGGGUUUGAUGAUAAAAUAAAAAUAAAUAUAUUAUUAGACGUAAGUGAACACACCGCUAUAAGUACUUCUGUUUUAUUAAAACAGUCCAAAUCAUUAGACUAAACUGUGAUGUAUAACAUCACUAUACUCUUUAGUAUCCUAUCACAGUACAAUGUGUUCUUUAUAAUUUUAGUCACUUUUCACUUUCUUAAUAAUAUCGUUUUACUCUUGAUAAGCGUAAAUCAGAAUGGCGGUGUCAUGGAAAAGUGUUGUGACAGUAUUUAAUGCUAUUUUUUAAACUGCUUCGAAAUGAUCACGAGGUACUAAGUCAAAAACAAUUCACUUAGGUAAAAUUAAGAAAUUUUAAGCCAAUGUAGGUUCUGAUAGUUUGGUAGUUACAUCACUUACAUCUGCUUUCCUUUUGAUAGCAAUAAUGAGGAGCGUUGUGCCUCGGACAGUCAAUUAAUGUCUUCAUCGCUUUUGUAUCUUUCUAGUGUUCUGAAUUAAUCACAAGCAAAUCCAGAAAAGACUAGUUUACUCAAAAUUGUCGUCGGUAUGAUGGCGGGCUGAUAAUUGAUUUCAUUUAAUACACAGAAGUUUUGCAAAACCGUCCGAAUUUCAAUGAGACAUUAUUAUAUACAUGAAAGAAAACAAAAAACUGUACCUACUCACCUAUAAUAUAUCAAUCCUAGUGUCAUCUGUUUAUCUCAGCAUUCUACCUUUCAAGACUAUCCUUAGAACAUAAAUAAUCAAUUACUUCAGUGAUAUGCAAUUCACUAACAAUAAUAGAUUAAAAUUAAUUAAAAUCAUAAGCAAUACUUUUGACAGGUUAGUAAAUGUAUGAGACGGAGGACAUAGAAAGCAUUUCCGGAAAUCUGCUUAGUGAUUUGGAAUAAUAUUACCAAGCGGCUUACGGAAAAUCUUCAUUUUAACCGAAUUUGAUAUGAAAUAACCCUUUUCCAAAACUAAGCCAUACUUGGUUUUGAUGUUUGUUCAUGACAAAUUUGAUUGAAGUGGACUUUUAUCGUUAAAGAAAGUUAUCAUAUAGGUAGGCUUUUUUUAUAGCUAUAGGGGGUAAUACAUUGUCGUGGCAAUUCAACGUUGAAGGAAAAAAGUGAGCACAUAAUACAUGUUAUCUAUAGGUACUGCGACUGCGACUUACUAAAAAAAAUCAAGACUAAUGCCCACAUUUUAGCUGUAACAUUUUUGGAAACAAUAUUCACUGCUUAGAGUCACAUUAUAAUACAAAUUGUAAUAAAUUUAUACAUAGAAAAAUUUCAUUUGGACAGUGCGUUUAGCUUGCGCUAUUUAUUUAAAUAUGUACUUAGAGUUUUAUUUCGCUGAAAAAUAAAUGCUAUAAAAUGUAGCAUGGACCCUUAACAUUUUUUCUCGUAAUAUCGGAUUCUUAAGUUUAAAUUGAAUUGUUAAAUAUGCCAUGAUUAUGCACAUACAAUUUUGGUAAUUUAUUUGUGACUUACCAUGAGUUUUAUAGCUUAUUUUCAGUGUAUGAAAUCAAUAUACAUAUAUAUGUGACCUUGUAAAGUAUUGUAAGUAGGGAUACUCGUAUGAAAGCUGUGCCUUCUACCAUCCUUCAACGAAAGCUUCUGUGUAAUGUAUUGCAACCAUUUUUGUGUUUAUACCCGGCGUAUUUACUGUGAAUAUUACCUAUCUACGAUUAUAAAAUAACAUAGAUCAGCCUCAGCGUAUGUUAAGAACAAAAGCAAGUUUUGAAAAAGAAAAAUGAAAAGUUAACGCUGGUUAGUAAAACACAAAAAUAGAUGCAAAGUUUACGACAACAUUUGUACAGAAAAAUUAACAAAAAACUAAGAGGCGAAAGUAGAUAUUAACAGUAACAAGUUAACUGUCCAUCGAUGGACCUUUUAUGUUAUUGCAAAAAAAAUCGAAACAACAGUUGAUGACGGUACCUAUUUUAAUUUUAGAUUUCUAUCUAAAUAUGUUAUUGGCGUUAUUGCUGAGUGGAUUUAAGUGAUCUGUGAACUAGCGGGUGAAUCUCUUUAUGUUUGAUCAUUAUUAAACUGUCGACUGACUUAUUUUUAAAUUGUGUGGUAUAAUAUUGUUUUUAACCUAAGUAAAGAUUAAAAUAAAUAGUUAUAUAAGAAAGCAAGUCAGUCGACAGUUUAAAAGUAGAUGUUGGCCGUAUAUCUCCUUAAAGUAAUUGAAAUGUUGGAACAUGUGUAGGUCAAAAUAUUCGCACUUUGUUAGUAUAAUUUUAUAUCGUGUAUGCUAUCCGAUUGGUUCAGCUUUGGGCGGAACGCCGGGCGCGUUCAUGUUGUUCAAACCAAAAUUUUGUUGUUAUUGGUGCAAGUUGCUACAAUAAUUUAUUUUUAAUAAAAAUUUAAAUAAUU